CACAGUUCAAAGGGAUUUGACUGCUGCUCAAACUGCUAUCCAGUUUGAGUCAUCAACAUCAGCAUCAAAAAAAAUCAGGGGAAAACAUAAUAGUAUGAUUUAGAAUUGCACAGCUAAAUAGCAGGUAGCCUACCAUAUCCUGUGAAGUAAACAUAGACUAUUUAUGGUAGCACUGGAUUCAUAGGCUUUAGCAACCUAGUAUCAUGGACUAUUUAUGGCAGCACACAAUCCACUGCUUUCUGCAUGACAGAACAUUUAAUAACUAUUUACAACUGAAUUGAAGUUCAGCUCCCGAGCACACUCUGCUAUUAUCAUUGUGAGUCUGUGGAACUACGUUGGUGAAUUACUGCACCCUGCCCUGUGAAAUUGAAAGAUAUUCUGUAUUCAAUCUGGUGCAAUGGAGUGACUGGCAAUAAACGUAAAUUGUUUUGUGGAUGCCUACCUGCCUGCCUAGAAGCCUGACGCCAGAGAGUGAAUUCAGCCUCUACCAUUAGACCAUCCAAUAUAUCAUGCCUUCCUUUCCUUCUGACAGAGAUGAUCAGGGAACAUCUAGUCCAUCACUGAAUACCGAAUUGCCAUUUCAAGGUACCAGACAUGAAAAAAGAAAUGCCACAAUGAAGAAAAAGAACAAAGGAAUGAUAACAGCAAGUUUUAUAUGCACAAAAUAUGAAAUCGUGCGUUUGGCAGUAGACGAGUCAGGAUUCACCAGAAUUCGAGAUGAAGACGACACAGCCAACCUCAUUUGGAGUGAUUCCGCAGUGCAACAAGAGAAGAUAGCUGAGCUUAGGAACUACCAGAGGAUCAACCAUUUUCCAGGAAUGGGGGAGAUCUGUCGCAAGGAUUGUCUGGCAAGAAACAUGGCCAAAAUGAUCAAAUCCCAGGCUCAGGAAUACAGCUUCACACCUAGAACGUGGAUCUUCCCUGCAGAAUACUCCCAGUUCCAGAAUUGUAUAAAGGAACUAAAAAAGAAACGAAGACAGAAGACAUUUAUAGUAAAACCAUCUAACGGAGCAAUGGGUCAUGGGAUCUCACUGAUCAGAAGCGGUGAGAAGCUCCAAGCUAACGAACACUUAAUAGUACAGGAAUAUCUCGAUAAGCCAUUCCUUAUGGAGGGCUACAAGUUUGACUUGAGGAUAUACAUUCUGGUGACGUCUUGUGAUCCUUUACGAAUAUUUUUAUAUAAUGAUGGACUGGUGCGGAUGGGCACUGAGAAGUAUCAUGCUCCCAAUGACUCCAACUUGAGUCAGUUGUUUAUGCACUUGACCAACUACUCAGUGAACAAGCACAAUGAGAACUUUGAGCGGGAUGAGAAUGCAGACCGAGGCAGCAAACGCUCUAUCAGGUGGUUCACUGAAUUCCUUCAAAGCAACGAAUAUGAUGUAACCAAAUUUUGGAAUGAUGUUUCCGAUUUAGUUGUGAAGACUUUGAUCGUGGCGGAGCCUCACGUCUUGCACGCUUACCGUAUGUGCCGGCCUGGCCAGCCUACAGGCAGCAGCAGCGUCUGCUUCGAAGUGCUCGGGUUUGACAUCCUUCUGGACAGGAAACUGAAACCCUGGCUUUUGGAGAUUAACCGUGCUCCUAGCUUUGGAACUGAUCAAAAGAUAGACUUCGAUGUGAAGAAAGGUGUCUUGAUCCAUACAAUGAAGCUGCUUAACAUUCGAGCAAGUGAUAAAAGUAAGAACCUCGCCCAGCAGAAAGCUGAGGCUCAAAAGAGACUUUACGGGCAAGGCUGUAUGAAGCGUCUGUUGGCAGGUUCCUCUGAGUGGGAGAAACAGCGCUAUUCACUAGAGAUGAGAAGAGAGGAGCUGAAGGAAAGGCUUUCUCAGGUUCGCAAGCAGAUUUCAAGGGAAGAGCAUGAAAACAGACAUUUGGGGAACUACAGACGGAUUUAUCCACCUGAUGACAAGCAGUUGCUGGAGAAGUAUGAGAAUCUGCUGGCUAUUGCCUUUCAGACAUUCCUGGCUGGAAGGGCAGCAUCACUGCAAAGGGAACUGAACAAUCCCCUGAAGCACAUGAAGGAAGAAGAUAUUCUAGAUCUGCUGGAGCAGUGUGAGAUGGACGAUGAAAAGCUUCUGGGAAAAUCUCCUCGACAGAGAGGGCCGAAGCCGUUGUUCUCUAUGCCAGAGAGUACCCAGCCCUCUACACGGAAGCAGAAGGGUGACGAAAGCAGCAGCAGAAGCAGUAGCUGUAACAGCAGCUCUUAUUCAGAAUCUGAUGAAGAGGAGAAAAGAGAGAAAAAAGUGACUUAUGGUGCAGAGGAAAAGUUUAAAUCACCAGAACGAUCUACAUGCACCUUUCCAUAUGACAGGGUGGACAGGAGCUCCCCCAAUGGCUCAGUGAGUAUAUCUAGCAGGAUGCAGUGGAAACCUCCACCAAGGAUCCCCAAAACACUCCCUACAGUAUCACCAUCUGCAACUAUGCCUAUCAGACGCUCCAUCUCCUGCCCUCGUUCAUUCGCUACCUUGGGAGGACAAUCCGCCUUACCAGAGCCUCGGGCAUUUUCUGCCAAAUUCACAGCCCUCACGUCCAGAACCCCUUCCGGCGUGAGGUCUCAGUCUCUCAAUCGUAACACAACCGCACAGCGAGUGCUUCAGAGUAGCAGCCUGGGCACUGUCCAUUCUGUAGCGGGAGUUUCCUUUUUGAAUUUCAGAACAAAUGAGCAGGAAGAAGAGCUGACAAAACAGAGUCUGAUUUCCCUCAACGAGCUGACAAUCAGGUUCCCUGGAAAAACAGUCGAAGAGUCUGAACUGCUGCUGGAUGAUAUAUUGGACAACUGGAAGUAUCACAAAUCAAAAGUAGCUUCGUACUGGCUGGUCAAACUGGAUUCCAUCAAGCAGCGUAAGGUUUUGGACAUAGUAAGAACAAAUGUCCGCUCCAUCCUGCAGCGAGUGUGGAAGAUUCACGAUGUGGACAGUUUACGGUUAUAUCGGAUAUUUAAUCGGGUUUUUAACCGCUUGCUCUGGAGCCACGGGCAAGGACUAUGGAACUGUUUCUCCAGUUCAGGGACCUCCUGGGAAACAAUUUUCAGCAAAAGCACAGAGGUGAUCACUUCUCAGGAACUACAGUGUUGUCACAGACUGGUGCAGCUUUGCAAAGACUGCCUGCUAGUGGUUUACAGAUUUGCAGCAGAUUCCAGGGGUACCUUCCCCACUCUCAAUGAGUGGGAAGAGAGCAGGUAUUUACCACUGACAGGAUUCCAGUUCAGCAUGAAAACACUACCUACAGGCUUCACCCGCAGCCCAGCAGGAUUGCCUCGGUCUCGGAUUCCCAAGGUCAGAAGAUUUAUCGAUCAACAGAGAAUCAGAUGCUCUUAUCCACCAAGACGGGUAAAUGUAUCCAGGAUAAAGAGAAUCGCCUCCUCAAUUUGAAUCACUACUCAGUGAAUUUGUCAUGAAGUGAAGAGAUCAGACCCUAUUAUUUAUCUUAUUUGAACAGUAAUUUGUAAGAGUGGGAGCUGACAAGAAAAAUACAGCUUGUUGACAUCUUUGGCACUUUGACUUAAUCAAUUUAAAUUCAAUUAUGCUGCAAUUAAUGUGAAUCCAGCCAGGUUUAAGAGUUCAAGAUUCGUUUUUUUUAAAAACUGGUUUCUGGUAUUUUCAAAGCAAAAUAUAGCAGUCGUUCAUCAUUCUGUCUUUGCAUGUUAAUGAUUUCUAGUUGGAAUCUUAACUCAUUCAUUGCUGCAGGUUUAUUGCUAGUAGCUUAUUUUUCUUUUAUUGCAGGACAAGCCAGACUGUUUUUGCUUGCAAUGCAGUGUCUCUCAAUGCAGUUUGUUUCAAUUGAGACGCUUGGGUCUUUGAGCUGAAAGCAUCUCAGGGAUUCUUUCCACUUUGUGUUUGGUAGGAUCAUGGGUCACACCCUCUCUAUCGCUGCCAGCACAAAUCAAAACCAAUAGGCAGUGAAACCCAGGCUUCAUUGAACUGGUAGAUUUGAGCAUCAAAUAGUUUUGCAACAUAGGUCAAAGUUCUCCAAGGACAACAUUAUAAUGGCAUUCAGUGGUUACAAGUAAAUGCUGUUUCAUUAUCAUGAAAUGAAAGAGUGUUUCUGCAAAUGAAUGAUUUUGUUCCUUAAAAUUAAAAAAAAUUGUAAGAGCAAAGUAGUGUAUGGACUUGUCGGAGGUGAACUGGUGUUUUUUUGCAAAUCACAACAUUAUAAUAAUACAGAAGACAUUCAUUGAUGCAAGCUGCCUUUCUAAUAGAAAAUCUAAUGCCGUUAUGAAGCACCUUGACAUUUCAAAUGAUGUCUUUUCCUCCAUUAUGUCACAGACUGACGGUUUGAACAGUGGGUAUGAAUGCUAUUUCACCGUCUCAAGACAAAUACCAUUUUUUAAGACGUGAAUGGUAUUUGUCCGUUGUGGAACAAAAUGCCAAUUAUAUUGAUGAAUGACUUAAAAGAUAUCCCUGCAGACUAGCCCAUAUAAAGUGUCUCUGACCAUUGAAGUAUAUAUGCCAUAGAAAGUGCCAUGCAUUGCAGAGUGCCUCAUCACAUCUGUCAAUUUCUCCCUUCAGCGAGCUGGCCAGGUUUCUUGGAACUCUGAACCAUCGAUCUGCUCCUUCCAUCAAUAAUGGUAAUUUCUUUGAAAAUGUUGAGAUCACUGAUUGUUUUCCUCAGAUGGGGAAGUAAUAGUCCUAGCUAUAGUGAAAAAUGCCCUGCUUCAUAGCAAUAGUACACAUUAAAUGGGACAUGAAGGUGAUACAAGAAGACUAGACUUUCUACAGUAAAUGAAGAUAUUUGUAGCUCUGAGCUUAGUCAUCCAUACAAUUUACAGCUGUAACAGUUGACAGCUUGUCACUACUUAUGAUUCUUGUUGCAGAAGACAAGGACUUGACUGAGGCAGAACAUCUGAUUUGAUUUGUUCUGAAGGGACAUCUGCUCACCCAGCUCUAUAUGUGGCACAAAGUUUUCAGGUUCCUUAUCCUUCAAACCACCCAGGCCGAUUGUAUGUGUGUGGUCACUGUACCAUUCAAUGCAACAUACGCACCAAGGAACAGUGUGGAAAGCCAAAGUCAAAUUCCAAAGACUGUUUUUCUUUUGUCAGCUUCUGUUGUUGAAAAAGACAAUCAAAUUGUAGGCAUUUUAGACCAGUCGAAAAGCUUGAGGCAUUUCAGGUACAUUUCAAUAAAAUGUAAUUUGAUUAAGUAUUGGUUCUACUAGAUGAAAGUAUCUUUAUUUAGAAGCUUCUUAAGAAUUGUAGAGUAAUUUGGAAGGAAAAAAAAGUUUUAUAUUUAACAUAGAUUCAUAUAUGUACGUUGAACAGAUUAAAUUUUCAAUGAAUUGAAGUUGAAUCUAGCGUAGCUUUAGAUACAGUGCCGUUAAGUUUUAAAAAAAAAAGUUCUUCUACAUAUUGCUACCCUUUCUAUAGAUUUAAAAACCCUAGGCGUGAGUGAGAAUUCAUGGAAUUCAGAAUAUCCUUGUGUUUGCUGAUGCACUCUGACUCUGUCCUUGCAUGACAUAUUUCAUCUUACCAGCAGGUGUCAGAUUUUCUCUUUGUAACAGCCAGCAGUGUAUGUUUGGUUCAGAGCUUAUUUUUUAUUAAGACAUAUAGUGCAGUAUUCUGAUACCUGAUGCCCAAAACACCAAACAUGGAUGCACAAACGCCGGGCACAGUGUCUGCAAAGUUACCCGUGUGGAUGGAGAUGGAUUGGGCAGCAGUGGAAACAUUAACUAGUGCACAAGCUGUAUAGAGUGCUCCCUUCUUUGUCAAAGAAUAGAAAUGUUUACAGUUCUUCAUCGCGCGAUGUUGUGGUCUAAGUAGAUAGGAUGUGUUUUAAAUAAAGCUUUCACAUUCUAAUAUAAUUCAAAGUAUUUAAAUGUUCACACGCAUCACUGAAAAUUAAAACAAUUUUUCGUGGAUGCAUAAAAUGAUUUUUGUUUUGCAUUUUAAUCUCCCGAUGGUGUUUGUGACAUGAUGUAAUAUGUCUUUAAGUUUUGGCUUAUCACAAUAAAGGGCAUUUUGACUUUAAAUUGGGCUCCGUAAGCCCUAAACACUGAGUUAUGUUCUGUUUUAGUGAAAUAAACCAGCAACAAUAAAUAGUACUUCCCUGUAGUUCAUGACCUGUGGCCUUGACUAUAGACAUUCUACAGUGCUUGCUAGCUCUGAUUGGCAUCAACGUCUCUGUUUUUUCUGAUUAUAUACCUCGCAGGAAAAUCUAGAUUGUAAACCCUCUUUACAUUUCCCACGAGAGCUUGAGCACACAGGAAGCUGUUAAACUGUCAAACAGUUAAUGCCAUUUUGAAAUGGCUUUUCAGGUUAAGAAUAUUUCAGCUCCUAGAACUGUUGGAACAAAAAGUCAGCUCUUGCUAGCAGCUGCAGACGGUUUUCUCUAUUACAACAGCAGCCUGCCAUGAUGUGAUGAAAGCUGCCAGAACAGCUUCCAUAAGGAACAAAUGUCUGGGAUCAGGUUCAGCACAGUUCUGAAACCACACUAAGAGCACAGCAUAGAGGUUGCUAAAGUAGAUGCCCAGGAGAUUCCAGCAACAUAAACCAAUCUUUCUACAUAUUUAAAAACUGCUUUUAGUUGAGUAAUACAUGCUUGCUUUUUCUUUUUUAAAGAGAAAUCCUUAAUUGGCUUUCUAGUAAAUUAUAUUACAAAUGCCUUCCAGGCGUGUUAACAGUGAAACAAUAACAUCUAAUUCUGUGCAGUCUUAUAGCCUUUAACUAGAGAUCAGUCAAUAUAUUGUCCUAAUUUUUAAUGGUAAUGAGCAUCGGAAUUACAAAAUGAUGCAGAAUAAUGCAGAGAUUUUAACCUGAGCAAAUUAAUUCCUAGCUUCACAUUUUUAUUUGGGUAGCAGGGAUGCUAUCAGCCAUGUUCUUACGUGGUGUAACUAAUUCACAUUCAUUGUGAGUUUGCAGUACAAUUGAUUAAGAAUAAACCAUUCGGUGUAAAGUCCCCCCUCGCUUGACCUCUGAGUUCUUCAGGGCUGUGAAGCAGGAGGUUUGUAUCAAGUGGUUUAUACUACCUUAAUGCAGAUCUCCUAUCAUUUUCAGUUUGAAAACAAAACUCGAGGUUUGCUUUGAGCAGGCAGUUUAAUCCUCCAGGCACAUGAACCAACUCCAGGGCAGCCCUCUGUUUAAACCCCGGGGGAACUUGCUUUCGGUUCAGGUCAUCCUGAUCUAAACUCAAUGCAAUGUCUAGGAGCGUAAAAUUAUACAUGUCCUAAACCAUGUCUCCUCAUUCACUAUCUAGACGGCUAUUUAACAUGGUUAAGGAUAUAUAUGCUUUUCAAACAUCAAGCAUAAAAAUGAUUACUCCAUCAUUCUACCAACAUCAGAAAAAUACCAUUAAACACAAUAGGAUACAGGGCCUUUUUUAAACUGAAGAGGCGUGAGAAACUGGACAUUACUUUGCUCUUCACCUGACCAAUUUGAAUAAUUAGUGGGCCGUUGAAGUACUUGUGCUUCUGCAGCACCAUGCAAAGCCUCGGUUCUUAUAAAUAAUUGCUUUUUGGGGCUGCUAAAUGGACCAGUCAAGAGCUUUGUGCUCUGCUUCAUGGCAACAUGAAAUGCACUGGCCAUUUAGAGCGCUUAAAAAUAAUUAGAGCAGUUAUGAAGCCACUCUAAUAUGGAUUGAUAGAUAAUCAAAAUGCACAAUUGGGUUUAAAGAUAACAAAUGUAACACUAGAUUAACAGGCAAAAGGUACACCAAUGUAGGCUGCUGGUGGCCUUUUGUACUGUGCUGGAAAUUGGAACAUUUUAGAACCAUUGUAUAAUGUACUUUGUUUCAGAGCAUCCUCUUGGUAUUGUUUCCAAUGCAGUUAUUUUGAUAAAGGUGAUUCGGACAAAUUAAUGGAAAUGUAUUGUGUGAAUCAAAAAUGAAAAGCACUUCUGUUCAAAGUAUUUUGUUUGUAAGUUUUCGGAAAUCUUGAUGCUUGACUGUGGAGUGAAAAACAUCUUUAAGGAAUAGACACAAUGUUUGAUUUCUGCCAAUAAUAUAUUCCUCAUUUGCCUGUGCAAAUUGAUCAAAAUUUGUUGGAUCCAUCUUCAGGAAGGGUUAAUGGAUUUGAGUCCCUUAUCCGCCAUGUCAAAUGCCUUUGUUUGUGCAAUUGUUCUGUAAAAUCAUUGUAAUAUUUCCAAUUUUCUCCUUUUGUUUAUUGCCCCGGAAGUCUAAUGCUGGGUGAUGGUUCCUGUGGUUGAAGUCGCUUUCUUAAACUUGUUCAAAGGCACACUUUUUGGAUAUGAGGCUUGCUAGCAAAUGUUGCCAGGCUCUUUGACCUUGGAGUAGAACGGCGGAGGCAUUUUUGUUGGAUAGCGAUCAGGACAGAAACCCCAUCUAACGUACCCUCUUAUUCCAUGGAUGUAGAGUUCAAUUGUUGCACACCUAACUACCAGCCCCAUUAACACAGCACAAACUAGGGAUCAAAGCUGGACACUGUAUAGUUAUAGUGUAGUCUGUAUAGUUCAGUGCUGCACUUUGCAUUGUUAAUAUUUCAACUACAUGAAAAUAAUUCAUAUGGAUCUCUUGUAGUUAAUGUUCAUAAAUGAUACCUGAACCUUUUUAAAUAUCAAUGGGAACAAAAAUCUUGUUAGGCCUAGAAAAAGCUAAACUAGAUAUGCUAUUUAAAAAUAUUAUUUAAAUUGUAUACUUCAGCUUGAAUUGAGUGUGGCAAAAUUCAACACAUUACUAGUGCUACAUGGACAGUUGUGUUUUGCAGUCCGCCGUAUACACCAAUGGAUUUUAAUGUAUGCUAUAAAGCCCAUUUUUAAAAAAAAAUCAGUUCAGCUUUAGGCUAUGAAAGUAAUCCUUGGCUGAAUUCAUGAGCAUUGUGAUGCUUUUUGCUGCACUUAGCAACUUACAAAUGGUUGUACAGUGUAAAAUGACUGUAUAUUGAGCAAGGCUGUGCUCUCAUUUCCUGUUCCUUAAUCUCCGCCAAACAAGGAGGAACAGUGUGUACAAACGGAGAAAUAUAUUUUACAAAUGGUAUGAAACAUGGCUUUUGCUGCUUACUGGCAUGUACAGCCCAUAGAGAAAGCAAACCGACUGGCACGCACUGGCAUGACUUCGACUGCCGCUCAAAUUAUGCAGCCACUUCGGACUUGUAUUCUGUACAGAAACUAGGCUAAGUGUAGAAACUGCAUUUACAAUGCAAUUAGCCUGUAACUUGUGAAUUCUAAGUUAAUGUUCUGAAUGUACUUUUGUGAAGAAUAGUGAAUGCCACUAAUGUAAUGCAUUAUAUAAUAAAACUGACUAUUUUAGUCCUUUA